GGGAGGCCCGGGCGGGUUGCGAGGCCGGGGGGCGCGGGUGCCCCUCGCCCAGGCUCCCGGCGCCGCGACGCGAGUGCUGCGCCCGCGCGUGUGUGCGCAAAAUGUGGGCGAUCACGAGCGGGGAGCCCUGGGAAUUAGAAGUGACUUUCUUUGAGGGGGGGAAAAAAAAAAAGCAGAGGGAGAGUGUGCAGAAAGCCAAGCGCAGGCUUCUCGGGUUUCACAUGCAUUUUCUUUCUUCCUUUUUGCGCGUGUGAUUUCUUUCUUUCUUUCUUCUCUUCUGCUCCCCCCCACCCCCCUUUUGAUGGGUCUGAGGCAUCUGAGCCCUGGAAACGAGCGACUUCAAACUGCAGUAGCCCUUGGAGUCAGGAGGGUCAAGUUCAGCCGCCGGGGAGGAGGAAAAACAAAUCCCCAUUUGCCAAAAAAAGAAGUUUCAGGCCGGUACCCCCUCCCCCUAGCAGCCCCACUCCCCCUCGCUGUCUCUUUCUGGCUGAUUUUAAUUCUCUCCUACCGGGCGUAGCGGAGGAGCUGGAGGUGGUUGGACCCGAGGGGCCGCCGCUACCGCCACCGCUGCAAGUUUUCUGGGGCUCCUGACAAGCGGGGCGCAGACUAGGCACCAGCAUGCAGAGUAAUGUACAGAUCAGCUUUCAAAAUGUCUUCUGUGUCUUCCGAGCGUCUUCUAAGACAAUUGCAUUAGCCUCCUGCUAGUUGACUAAUAGAAUUAAUAAUUGUAAAAAGCACCCUAAAGCCACAUGCCUUAUGAAGUCAAUGCUGGGUAUGAUUUUACAAAUAUGGUCCGGAAAAAGAAUCCCCCUCUGAGAAACGUUGCUAGUGAAGGCGAGGGCCAGACCCUGGAGCCUAUAGGUACUGAAAGCAAGGUAUCUGGAAAGAACAAAGAAUUUUCUGCAGAUCAGAUGUCAGAAACUACAGAUCAGAGUGAUGCUGCAGAACUAAAUAAUAAGGAGGAGCAAGAUCCAUCUUCUAGCAGUAAGAAGGACUUAAAAAGCUCAGCCCUUAGUGAGAAGGCUGGCUUCAAUUAUGAAAGCCCCAGUAAGGGAGGAAACCUUCCCUCCUUUCCGCAUGAUGAGGUGACAGACAGAAAUAUGUUGGCUUUCUCAUCUCCAGCUGCUGGGGGAGUCUGUGAGCCCUUGAAGUCUCCUCAAAGAGCAGAGGCAGAUGACCCUCCAGAUAUGGCCUGCACCCCAUCAGGGGACUCACUGGAGUCAAAAGAAGAUCAUAAGACGUCACCAAAGGCUACAGAGGAAACAGGGCAAGCUCACAGUGGUCAAGCCAAUUGUCAAGGCUCAAGCCCAGUUUCGGCGGCUUCAAAAAACCCACAAGUGCCUUCAGAUGGGGGUGUAAGACUGAACAAAUCCAAAACUGACUUACUGGUGAAUGAUAACCCAGACCCGGCACCUCUGUCUCCAGAGCUUCAAGACUUUAAAUGCAAUAUCUGUGGAUAUGGUUACUAUGGCAACGACCCCACAGAUCUGAUUAAGCACUUCCGAAAGUAUCACUUAGGACUGCAUAACCGCACCAGGCAGGAUGCUGAGCUGGACAGCAAAAUCUUGGCCCUUCAUAACAUGGUGCAGUUCAGCCAUUCCAAAGACUUCCAGAAGGUCAACCGUUCUGUGCUUUCUGGUGUGCUGCAGGACAUCAAUUCUUCAAGGCCUGUUUUAUUAAAUGGGACCUAUGAUGUGCAGGUCACUUCAGGUGGAACGUUCAUUGGCAUCGGACGGAAAACACCAGAUUGCCAAGGAAACACCAAGUACUUCCGCUGUAAAUUCUGCAAUUUCACUUAUAUGGGCAACUCUUCAACUGACCUAGAGCAACACUUUCUUCAGACUCACCCGAACAAAAUAAAAGCUUCUCUCCCCUCUUCUGAGGGUAUGAAACCUUCAGAGAAAAACUCUAACAAAUCCAUCCCCACUCUUCGAUCCAGUGAUUCUGGAGACUUGGGAAAGUGGCAGGACAAGAUCACAGUCAAGGCGGGAGAUGACACUCCCGUUGGCUACUCAGUGCCCAUCAAACCCCUUGAUUCCUCAAGACAAAAUGGUACCGAUGCCACCAGUUACUACUGGUGUAAAUUUUGUAGUUUCAGUUGUGAGUCAUCUAGCUCACUUAAACUGCUAGAACAUUAUGGGAAGCAGCAUGGAGGAGUGCAGUCAGGAGGCCUUAAUCCAGAAUUGAAUGAUAAGCUUUCUAGGGGCUCUGUCAUUAAUCAGAAUGAUCUAGCCAAAAGUGCAGAAGGAGAGUCAAUGACCAAGGCAGAGAAGGGCUCUAGUGGGGCUAAAAAGAAGGACUUCUCCAGUAAGGCAGCAGAGGACAAUAUGGUAACAAGCUACAAUUGUCAGUUCUGCGACUUUAGAUAUUCCAAAAGCCAUGGCCCCGAUGUAAUUAUAGUGGGUCCACUUCUCCGUCAUUAUCAACAGCUCCAUAACAUUCACAAGUGUACCAUUAAACACUGUCCAUUCUGUCCCAGAGGCCUUUGCAGCCCAGAAAAGCACCUUGGAGAAAUUACUUAUCCGUUUGCUUGUAGAAAAAGUAAUUGUUCCCACUGUGCACUCUUGCUUUUGCACUUGUCUCCUGGAGCGGCUGGAAGCUCGAGAGUCAAACACCAGUGCCACCAGUGUUCAUUCUCCACCCCCGAUGUGGAUGUGCUCCUCUUUCAUUAUGAGAGUGUGCAUGAAUCCCAAGCAUCGGAUGUCAAACAAGAAGCCAAUCAUCUGCAAGGAUCAGAUGGGCAGCAGGCUGUCAAGGAGAGCAAAGAACACUCAUGCACCAAAUGUGAUUUUAUUACCCAGGUGGAAGAAGAAAUUUCCCGACACUACAGGAGAGCACACAGCUGCUACAAAUGCCGUCAGUGCAGUUUUACAGCAGCCGAUACUCAGUCACUACUGGAGCACUUCAACACUGCUCACUGCCAGGACCAGGACAUCACUACAGCCAACGGCGAAGAGGAUGGUCAUGCCAUAUCCACCAUCAAGGAGGAGCCCAAAACUGACCUCAAGGUCUACAGUCUGCUAAAUCCAGACUCUAAAAUGGGGGAGCCGGUUUCCGAGAGCAUAGUGAAGAGGGAGAAGCUGGAAGAUAAGGACGGGCUUAAAGAGAAAGUUUGGACUGAGAGUUCAAGCGAUGAUCUUCGUGGGGUGACGUGGAGAGGGGCAGACAUCCUGCGGGGCAGUCCGUCCUAUGCUCAAGCGAGCCUGGGGCUUCUGACUCCAGUAUCCGGCACCCAAGAGCAGACAAAGACUCUUAGGGAUAGCCCGAAUGUAGAAGCUGCCCACCUGGCACGACCUAUUUAUGGCUUGGCUGUCGAGACCAAGGGAUUCCUUCAGGGGAUGCCAGCUGGUGGAGAGAAGUCUGGGGCCCUCCCCCAGCAGUAUCCUGCAUCGGGAGAAAGCAAGUCGAAGGACGAAUCCCAGUCCCUGUUACGGAGGCGUAGAGGCUCGGGUGUUUUUUGUGCCAAUUGCCUGACCACAAAGACCUCUCUCUGGCGAAAGAAUGCAAAUGGUGGAUAUGUAUGCAACGCGUGUGGCCUCUACCAGAAGCUUCACUCGACUCCCAGGCCUUUAAACAUCAUUAAACAAAACAACGGGGAGCAGAUUAUUAGGAGAAGAACAAGAAAGCGCCUUAACCCAGAGGCACUGCAGGCUGAGCAGCUCAACAAACAGCAGAGGGGAAGCAGUGAGGAGCAGGUCAAUGGAAGCCCGUUAGAGAGGAGGUCAGAGGAUCAUUUAACUGAAGGUCACCAGAGAGAAAUUCCGCUCCCGAGCCUGAGUAAAUAUGAAGCCCAGGGUUCAUUGACUAAAAGCCAUUCUGCUCAGCAGCCAGUCCUGGUCAGCCAAACUCUGGAUAUUCACAAAAGGAUGCAACCUUUGCACAUUCAUAUAAAAAGUCCUCAGGAAAGUACUGGAGACCCAGGAAAUAGUUCAUCUGUCUCUGAAGGGAAAGGAAGUUCUGAGAGAGGCAGUCCAAUAGAAAAGUACAUGAGACCUGCAAAACACCCAAAUUACUCACCACCAGGCAGCCCUAUUGAAAAGUACCAGUACCCACUUUUUGGACUUCCCUUUGUACAUAAUGACUUCCAGAGUGAAGCUGAUUGGCUGCGGUUCUGGAGUAAAUAUAAGCUCUCUGUUCCUGGGAAUCCGCACUACUUGAGUCAUGUGCCUGGCCUACCAAAUCCUUGCCAAAACUAUGUGCCUUAUCCCACCUUCAAUCUGCCUCCUCAUUUUUCAGCUGUUGGAUCAGACAAUGACAUUCCUCUAGAUUUGGCGAUCAAGCAUUCCAGACCCGGGCCAACUGCAAACGGUGCCUCCAAGGAGAAAACGAAGGCACCGUCAAGUGUAAAAAAUGAAGGUCCCUUGAAUGUAGUAAAAACAGAGAAAGUUGAUAGGAGUACUCAAGAUGAACUUUCAACAAAAUGUGCUCACUGUGGCAUUGUCUUUAUGGAUGAAGUGAUGUAUGCUUUGCAUAUGAGUUGCCAUGGUGACAGCGGACCUUUCCAGUGCAGCAUAUGCCAGCAUCUUUGCACGGACAAAUAUGACUUCACAACUCAUAUCCAGAGGGGCCUACAUAGGAACAAUGCACAAGCGGAAAAAAAUGGAAAACCUAAAGAGUAAAACCUUAGCACUUAGCACAAUUACAUAGAAAUAGGUUUUCUUGAUGGGAAUUCAAUAGCUUGUAAUGUCUUAUGAAGACCUAUUAAAAAAAAUACUUCAUAGAGCCUGCCUUAUCCAACAUGAAAUUCCCUUCUUUUACUAUUCUUUCUUUUGAUGACUAGGUUACCAAGAUUUUAAAAACCUGAGACAAAUGGUCAGUGAGAAAGAAUGGGAGAUGGUAAACAAUCAUUUUUUUUUUAGAACCUAGUAAGCCAAAUACAUCUUGGCUAAUGCGUACUGGGGAAAGGAUUCAUAAGAAGUAUCACCAGACUAUCAUCAUUAUGUUUGGAAAGAAAGAGAUUAAAAAAAAAAUGUCCAGAAUUUAAAAGCAUUUGCAUGUUGUGAUACUGAAGCAGUCGUGGGCUGGCCCAUUGGCUCAUUUGUUCCCAAACCCAUAAGUCAUUGCUGAAAUUUAGAAGUGUCAUAAAAUCCUAGGCAGAUGAAAGGAAGUGAAAGGAAAAUGGUGCCCUCUCAAAUCAGUCCUCUCUCCUUCACCGUGCUUCUGAUCGAGACCUAGAAAUGCAAGCUGUGGUUAGGCUUGGUGGGAGAGCAGCCAGAAAAGCAGCAGCAGACGAUGGCACAAGGUUUUUAGACAGCCCUGCCUGUACAUACCCAUGCACAACCUCUCUGAUAUUUUUGUCCUUUAGAUGUUCAAACACUCAGUAGUCCUUUUGUUCAUCUUGUCCAAAUAUAUAUGCAUUUUAAAAAAAAACCAAUGUCCUCCGUGCUUAUGUAGAAAUUUUAUUUUAGCCAGAUAAUAUUUCUUUCUCGUAUGUGAUGAACCGGUUUGGAUUUGGUUUUUAAGCCUCCUCUUGGUCACUAAUCUCACUUGGCAUGUUGUAACUGAAAAAAUCCCCUCAGUUCAUCAAAAGAUUAGACGGCUAUAAAAGUCAGACCACGGACUUACUUUGUUUAGAACAAAAGGUAUUUCUCCACAAGGUAACCUGCUGUAUUUAUUUAUUUUCUUUUGGUUAAAUAUAAUUUCCAAACUUUGUGGUCAGGUAGACUCUAAGGUUACGUUACCACAGACUGACAGUUGGUAUAUGUACCAAUCAAUUCCUUCAGUAGAUUUAUACCAGUUUAGUUAGGUAGCAUUAAAUAGGAUUCUUAGAAAUAUGUCUUCAUAGUACUUUUAAUACUUAAGGCUUUGUAAAACUAUCCAUGAAGGGAAAGCUCCUCAGCAUAACUGCUCAGGGAAAUAGGGCUAAAUAACUGAACAUUAAAUAAUUGGUUAAAGGUGCUGUUAGUCGAGCCUCAAUGCUUGCUACAAGGAUGUAUGUACAAGGACUGACUUUAAUAAUUUGCAUUAUAUCGUCCCAACCAGUAGUUUAUUUUUUGCCACGGAGAUGUAGAAGAUAUUACAAGCUACUGGAUGCACUGUCAGAUUAACUUAUUUCAUUAAAGAAGUUGGGAGAACAAAUAGGAAAAAAAAAAAACUUAUUUUUCUAGUAAAUAUUAAUGUAUUACAUUUCAAAUAAUGGUGCCUGACAUAUUGAAUAAUUAUUUUCUACAGUGUACGUAUGCAACAAAGAUAUUCCAUCAUGCAUUAGAGUCAGUUCUGGCUCUGCCUAGCUGUUUACAUUUGCAAAUGUAGCAAACAAGGUAAUGAAGCAACUAUUUCUAUUGCAGUAGGUAUCUUUUUGUGUGUGUGUGUGUGCAUUAAAGUUGUAAACAGUAACAUGAAACAAACGAAAGUUCUUGAUAUAAUGGUAUGGAAAACAAGAAGGAAAUGAAAAUAUUUUUAUGCCUACUUAGGAAAAAAAGGGUAGCACUAUUCAUUCCAUUUUUUUUUUUUUUAAUUUUUAAGCUCUUAACACAUUGUUAUGCUUAAAUUGGUAAACAUAUAUCCUCUUUUUAUUGCUUUGUCUAUGUUUCAGAUGAAACAUUUCAGAAAUUAUUUUGAUAAGUGCUGCUGGAAUCUGCAGCACGGAUGUUUUUAUUGCAUUCUGUAGUCGCAUUUGCACUCCAUUUUUACAUUAAUAAGUAGUAGCUUUGUAUUGUUUCGUUUUGUUUGGGUUUUGUUUCUUCUUCACAGUGCCAGGUCUUCUUUUCUUGGUUGGAUGGCAGGUAGAGUUCAACCAAUUCAUGACUGUUGCAGUGAAUGAAGUUAAAAAUGUGUUUCUGAUGUUGUGUUGUCAUUUCCAUCCUUGCAUUUUCGUUUUCAUUUAAAAAAAAGAAAAAAAGAAAAAAAAAGAGAGAGAGAGAGAAAGAGAAAGAAAGAAAGAAAGAAAUCAGGACUAAGUCCUUGCUUCAGUUUUGUUGUUAACGGGCCCUAUUCUGAUCUCAUGUGUUGCAAAUUUCUUCUAUUCACAUAAACUGAAAUAUAGAGGUGGCAUGAGGAGCUUUGAUAUUUAAAUUAUGCAUCGUAAUUUAUCUUUCUUAGGAAUUUUGAUGUAUGCAUCUCAAAACAACCAGGCAGACUUGAGAGGUGGCAAUUAAAUGUCUAAAAAGAUUUCCCAAACAACAAAACAAUAUUUAAGUUUUUUGAGUAAAAAGAAUAAAAACAAAGUGCACUGUUAAAAUCCUCAAGCAAUAUUUGUACUGCUCAAAUGGGCAAAACACCAGGAGUUUGGUUAGCUUGGGCAGCAUUGCAGGUAUUACUUCUUGGCAAAAUUACUCCUUAAACAGUUUCUCCAGUGCGUCAGAUGCAAAAAGGUGGUUCAUUUUUGGCACGCAUGCCUUUUUUUUUUUUUUUUUUUCAUCCUAUUUUCCCCCAUCCCCAGGCAGAUAUCAUAGCAAUGAGUAGCACUGGAAAAUUCAUAAUACUAUUCUGGAAUAUUUAUGUGGUCAGUCUGCUUUUGGUAGGAUAUUCUUGGAUAGCACUGACAUAAUAGAUUUUAUUCCACACUCCUUUAUUAUUAUUUUAUUUUAUUUUUUGCUUUCAUUAUUAUACAUAUUUGUUGGGGAUGUGGUUGAGCUUAAAAAAGAGACUAAAAUUUGUCAUAACACUAAAACACCCCUUAUUUUUUGAUCUGUUAAAGCCUUUGUUCCAUCUCUCACAAUAGUAUAUUAUUAAAAUGGUAUUUUUUUGUCUUAAAAUUUCUGGAUUAUUUUACCUUAAGUUGUGAUUUUAAAUAUGCAACCUUUUUUGAGGACUUUCAAGAUGAUUUAGGGAUUUUUCCCUCUUGGAAAAAGCUUCCCUUAAGAUGAAAAACAGUAUGCUGGCUAAAAUUAUAUGCCAUUUAAAAACUGUUGGUCUUUUAUAAUUAUUACCAGUGUGUAUUAUGAAUCAAGUUUUGGAUCAAACUUUGGACCAGAAACAGCUCAUGUAUUCUCACUCUCCUUUUUUCUCACUCUUUCUCUCAUCAUCUCUCACCCACAUAUUCAUAUCGUUGUUUCAGAUAGAAAAAUCGUAAAGAGCCAGCCCACCGCUAAAGAUUGUGGAUUGAGAGACACUCUGCAACUCUAAGUAUAUGAAAAAGACUGGAGCUCUAAAUGUUCACACAUUAACUUGGUAGUUCAAAGGGAAAGAGUGUCCCCAAUUCUCUCUACAUGACAUAUUGAGAUGUUCUUUUUAAAAAAAGAUCAACUUUUAAGAUAGUUAUGUUCUGUUCUAAACUGUUCUGUUUUAGUAAAGGUAGAUUUUAGAAAACAAGCAUGGGGAUUAUUUUCUGAGAUAAUAUUUAAGAGAAGAAGAAAACGAUUAUUCUUAGCAGCUCUUUGUUGAAGCCUGUGGUAGCACAUUAUGUUUAUGAUUGCACAUGUGCACAUAAUCUAUUAUGAUCCAAUGCAAAUACAGCUCCCAAAAUAUUAAAUGUAUAUAUAUAUUUUUAAAAUGCCUGAGGAAAUGCAUUUUCUGAAUAAAUUGAAGAGUUUCAAUACUGCUAUUAAAGAGUUUUUAGCCUCCUGCUGUGUGGCUGCAAACACAUCACAAGAUGAUCUGUCUUGAGACCUCCGGACUGCCUGCCUGUCUAGUUAGUGAACAUUAAUGCAUUUCUAGAGGGGGGAUUCCAUCAUCCAGCGGUGGAAACAUGGAGCAAAGAAGCUGGUGGUCUGCUUUGGUCCUGCAUGACAGCCUUUUGCCUGCAGUUUAGAUGAGCUCACGGCACCUGUCUUUGGGUUGAGGGCCAUGGUGAAAAAGGCAAGCAAUCUUUGGUGAGCAAGGAGGUGAAAGCUUGCCGAGUGUCCUGGAUCACAGGAAAGAACUGAGGAUCUGGAAUUCAACCUGAAUAUGAAACUAAAUAUGCUAAUUGAAGGUAGGUACUAUUCAGGUAGAAUUCUACCAGUAGGCAACUAUAAAUGAGAAGAGUGUUGGGACUUUGAAAGUCAGUGUUGUUUUUCCAAAGGAAGAUUUUAACGAGAGCAGAGGGCAUGGCUUCUUUGCAGAGCAAUUCAUUUGGUUUUCCAUGGCUGUGUCAUAGACAGCGGAUCCAGGUGUUCCUCAUAGCAGCCCACCUGUUCAGAAAGCAUCCACGGUUAUUGGCUGUCGUUACGCCCUCUGGAAGAUGCCAAAGCAGAAGUGUGUCAAGUCAGAAAUGAAGAAAAUGUGAAAUUCAACACUGACCCACACAUGGAAACUGGAUACUUACAGGCUGUUACCUUGAAAGGAAAGGUAAAGCUGUAAGCUUCACUCCGCCCUACACCAGAGAAAAGCUAAAAUAACUUCCCCAUGGAAAUAGUGUUUAGCCCUCAUCAGAGAAAAUGGUCUUCAAGGCCCUUAAGUCCCAAAACUGGAUCCUUGUUUUACCCCUGGUUGUUUUUUCAUUUUAUGACCUGCAGCAAAUCACUUUUUCUCUUUGUGCCUCAGGUUCCUCAGCUGUAAAAUGGAAAAAAAUUUAAAAUAUAUUAAUAAUAAUAAUAUUAAUAAUAAUAAUGAUGAUGGUAAUGUAGUACUUGUUUGUAAAGCACUUUGAGAUCCUUGGUUGAAAGGCACCAUGCAAGUGCCAAGUAUUAUGUGGCCAAGGGGCUUAUUUAAACUCUCAGUUCCCAAGGCCAGGAAAGGUUGGGGUCAUUUUUAUGAAAGAUGAGCUGUAAAUAUAAUAACUAGACAGCCUGUAGUGUUGACUAUGAAGAGGCAAAACUAUUACAAGGCUGAUAAAACCAUAGUUCCUUAAUGGCUACCAACAAGGCAAAUAUCACAAUAAAUCAUGCCAAAUUCCUUAGGGUGGACUAUUUGACAACAACAUGGAUUAU